CCCUAUUAUAUCAUAAUAUAAUAAAUAUAUAUAUAUAUAUAUAAUAAGCUUAUAAAUCCCUUUAUUCGUGACUUAAUCAUCUGAUAAUGAUUUCAGGCCAACCCAAUCUGGGACUCGAUGCGAAUGAUAAAGAGGGGAAAAAUACACACGAAGACCACAAUGGAUUCUUACUCGUUAAAAAGAUGGGGAAAUUUAAGAGAUUUUUAACUACCUUACAGCAAAGAGCUCAUGAUAUGUCGCCAGAAAAUGGAGUUGUGGUUAGAAACUUAAUUUUGGAACUAGUGAAUAAUGUGAUUUCACUUGAUCAAUUUAUCGUUAGACUUGAAAAACACUCACAAAUCAUUUUAAAACCUUUUGUGGCCACUUUAAUAAAAGGUAGUCUGGCAGACCUUCGUAAAGAGCUUUUCAUAUAUACAAGGCAAAAUAGAUCGCAAAAUUCUUACAUAGCCACCUACCACAAACCUCAUCCUCUCCCAAAAAGCUUUUAUUUCGAUAGCAAUAACUAUUUUAAGGCCUCUACUUCUAUGACCGAAGUUAAAACAUGUGCUAAGUCUACGAACAUCCGAGGGGAUAAUGGCGAUUUUUACAACUUCGCCGAUUCUAGUGGUAAUUACGAUGUAUCUUAUAAUUAUUUAAAUUCUAGUACCUGGAAAUCCACUUUCCCUAAAAUGAUGACAGUGAACGGGAAUCCGAACACCAUGAAUGCUAUAUGUCCGUUCAACACAUUCUUAGCUAGUAUCUACCACGAUAUUAACAAAAGAAUCUCGUUUAUUAAACCCUCAAAAAUGCUUGCCAACAUGCCACCAUAUGUUUCUCCGAGCAAUAAAAGCAUAAGGUUUAGUCCUUAUGUUGCCCAUUUGAACGAUACUAAUAAUAAUAGAGGAUCAACGCUUAAUAUUGAUGUGAAAGCUUUCGAUUUCGGAGACUCGGCACAAACAAGUUUGGAUUUACCAGUAAAAUUAGUUAAAGAUAUUAUGACAAAUAAUGACGCGGAUAUGGUAGAGAGCGAUAAUUGUAAUGCAUUGAGCAAAUUUGGAGUCGAAUGUUGCUUCCGUAAUAUGGAUGAGAACGUCAGCCACUCGGUUAUUUCGAAAGAAUAUGCUGUAAAAAAAAGAUUCAAAGCGAAGAGAAGGCACAAAAUUAAGCUAUGUAGUGUUUCGAAAGAGGCAUUAACAAGAAAAUACUUAAAAUCCAAGAUUAAUUUAUCCAUAAUAUUACUAAACCAACGAAAUGGUCCCAGGAAUGAGAUAUAUGGUUUAAAAGUUAAAGGAAAAAUAAGCAAAAAAGUGACAACCCAAAAUCAGAAUACAUCUACUGUUAUGAUUGGUCAAAGUUUUAACCAACCUCGAUACCAUAACACUAUUAAGAAUAUAACCUGUAUAAAAAAAUCGUUGAAGAAGACCCAAUUCAUCUUAAACAGAUUAAAUAAGAAGCUAUUGCAAGAAGAGAGACUUCUCAACAAAAUAACUAAUAUUUGCUAA